CACUGUCAGAUGUCAGAUAUCUAAGUUAAUGUUUUAAUAUUGAGUAGGGUGUAAACAUAAUUUAUGUUAUUUUAUUAAGUUACAUCUUUUCACUACAGAAACGUAAACGAUCAUCAUGAGUUUGCGACCCGACGACCAUCGACGGAAGUGGGAUAAAGAUGAAUUCGAAAGAAUUGCAGCCGAAAGAUUAAAAGCGGAAAUAGAAGAAGAAGAGAGAUCUAAAAAAAAAGCUCCACCAAUCAAAAGGGAACUAUUGAAACAACGUGAUUAUAAAGUUGAUUUAGAUUCAAAAUUAGGUAAAAGUGUUGUAAUUACGAAAAAUACACCUACUUCACAAUCAGGGGGCUAUUACUGCAAUGUUUGUGAUUGUGUUGUCAAAGACUCUAUUAACUUUUUGGACCAUAUCAAUGGAAAAAAACAUCAAAGAAAUCUUGGCAUGUCCAUGAAAAUUGAGAGAAGUUCCUUAGAUCAGGUAAAAGCAAGGUUUGCUUCAAAUAAACGUAAACUAGAAGAGAAAAAACAUGAAUAUGAGCUUGACACACGACUUAAAGAAGCAGCAGAGGAAGAAGCACGAUUGAAGGAACUUCGUCGUGAACGGCGUCGGGAUAAGAAACGCAAGCUUCAAGAAACUGAAGAUCCAGAAGAUGGUCCCGCUCAAUCAGAACUAGCUCAAAUCAUGGGUUUCUCUGGAUUUGGGGCAUCAAAAAAAUAAUAAUCACACAAGUGAACUAUCAUGUCUGCAACUGCAAUAGAACACUUCAAGCAGCAUUUAGUUAAAAGUAUUCUUUGCCAAGCGGUGAAGAUGAUUUUUAAAUAUAAAUAAGAAAUAAUUAAUUUUUGUUCUGAAAAUUAUGUACACAUAUCCAUAGUAAAGCUAAUAUCCCCCUGCCCAUUAAAAACUGAAAAUGACAACUCUAUUAUAAUAUACAAUGAGACGUAAUCUAUUUCAAAUAAAGGCAUAUAUUUUUUCAUAUUACACUAAAAUAAGACUUAAUAAUUAUUUUAA